AUGGGAAGUUGCUAAUCCGAUUGCCGUGAUAAAUAGGAAAUUGAUCCUUAUAAUGUUCCAAAAGAAUAAGAACCAUUAAAAUUAGAAGAUGCAGAAUCUUAAUAAAAAAUUAUUAAAAUAUAAUCCUUCGCAAGAGGAUACAAAGCUAAAUAGGAAGUUUAAGAGCUGAAGAAAUAAGUUAACAGUAAUGCUCCACCAAGAGAAGUUGCUCUUCCUUACGAAGGUCCUAUGGCAACUGAUAAACUCUAAGUAUAAAAAAUUUUGAAUGAUAAAUUUAAUUGGCCUGCAAGACCUGAAUUCAAGGAAUUUAUUCGCCUUCCUCCUUUUAAAUUUAUAUAAUCUGGUGCCAUCUACAAAGGUUAAUGGAAUAAUGGUUUAAGACAUGGAAGAGGUAUAUAAUUUUGGCCAGAUGGCUCUGUUUAUUAAGGUGAUUGGGUCGAGGAUAUGGCAGAUGGUAAAGGUAGACUCAUUCAUCCUGAUGGAGAUUACUACUAAGGUGAUUGGUAAAAAGAUCGCGCAUAAGGCAUAGGUAUUUUUGUUCACGUAGAUGGAAAUAAAUAUGAAGGUGAAUGGUAUUAAGAUAAGUAACAUGGCUAGGGAGUAGAAGAAUAGCAAGAUUUUAUUUAUCGUGGUAGCUUCUAAAAUGGCUUAAAGCAUGGAAAGGGAAAGAUUAUUUGGAAAAAUGAUGGAACUUCAUACGAAGGUGAUUUCUAUGAAGGCUUGAUGGAAGGUACUGGUAGAUUUAUUUUCUAAAAUGGAAAAAUCUAUAAUGGUUAAUGGUUCAAAUCUAAAAUGCAUGGACAUGGAGAACUUAUUUAUCCUGAUGGAAGAAAAUAUACAGGAAGCUUUGUUGAAGGAUAAAAAAAUGGAUUGGGUAAAAUGGAAUAUCCAGAUGGUAAAAUUUAUGAAGGUGAAUGGAAAAAUGGAAAAUAGCAUGGCCAAGGCUAGGUAACAACUCCAGAUGGUAGAAUAGGUUAGGGUUACUGGGAAGAGGGCAAAAGAGUUAAGAAUUACGAUUAAAUGAACUAAUAACAUUAAGAAGUAGGACUCUGA